AUGCACCAAAAGCAAACGGGUUGUACUUACGCGCAGCGCGCAGAUUUGGUCGAGAAGCUUCAGGGGCUUCGGAGCACCGAGGGUCUCGAGGGAUGUACCUCAGUACAAAGGAAUAAGCUGGCAGCGCGCGUAGCUGUCACAGAGAGAUAUACUCAGGAGGAACAGAGCGAAACAGCUGGAUGA